UGCUCUCUCUCUCUCUCUCUCUCCGACGAUGACGGAGACGGUGACGGUGAGGGUCCGCGUGGAAUUCAAGGACCGUCACAUUCUGAGCAAGUCGCAGAGGACCGACGGACUCCGCCGGAGCUGGAUUCUCCUCAAACCUCAACACCGCACCAUCUCGGACCUCGCCGCCUAUCUCCUCCACGUCUUCAACCUCCACCAUUCUUGCCCUGAUGGCCUCCUCAUCUCCAUGGAUGAGUUUGUGUUGCCGCCGUUUGAGUCCACCUGCAUUUUCAAGGAUAAAGAUAUUGUCAGUGUGAAAAGGAAAUGUGUGUCUGAAAUUGGGAUGAUUGAGGAUGGGGGAGACUGUAUUGAGGUUGAAGAAGUCGAGGAUAGGCGAGUUGUGAAUGGAGGUAUGAAGCUUCUGGCGAGUGAGGAGUUUGAAAAGGAGAAGGGAGGGUAUGAAAGUGAGCUAGAAGAGGAUGAACCUGACCGGUUGGAAUAUAUAUUGCCUGUUCAAAAUGCGCCGGACAAUGAUGCAAGGACACGUUCCAAGAAAAGGAAGCGAUCAAAUAAACCUGAGAGCUCCAAGAAGAAGAGAAGUAAAUCUGCUACUAAUGGAGUAUGUUCAGUUGUCCCCCCAGAAGAUAUUCAAGGCAAUGUCCAAGAGGAGAAAAACAAAAGCUCUCAUAAGCGACGUGCCAAAAAGAUUCUUUCCAAGAAGGAAAAGUCAACUACUGGAGAGGGCAAAGUGGAUGAUUCAAGCACCUCUGAAACUGAUGAAAGUACAAUCAACACAAGUCUUUCUACACCCAGGCACAGUCAGCUUCAAGAGAAUGGCAUAAACGGUGUUGUUUCAUCUGAGAAGCCUGAUGAAAGUAAAAAGAUGCCUAGUAGAAGUGCUCGACGUAAAAAGGCCAAAAGAAAAUGGUUGAGGGAAAACAUGAAAGCUCAGAAGGAAGAGUUACAUCAAACACAGGUAGGCAACCCGGUUAAUCAGCAAUCAUCUGAUAAGAAAUUAUCUAAUAAAGCUGAUCAACAAUCAUCUGACAAAGUCAAUCAGCAAAUAUCUGACAAUGAUAGUCAGGAAAGUUCUGAAGGUGAUCUAAAAACAGAUAAUGAUGAAGAGGACAAUGUUGUUCCUGUAGUAACUAGGCCAGGACACAUUCGUUUUGCACCCCUCGGAAAAGUGGAUGCAGAUCAGAGUUUCCAGCAGAAUGAAACUGCAGUGGAAACUUUUCAGUGGAAUGGAAUAACCAGCAAGAAGAAGGGCCAAAAAUGGGGUAUGGACAAAACAUCAUAUUCAAAAAAGAGUAACUACGAGGAUCUGUACCAAGAGUCAACUGAAAUGGUUGGUCUUGAAGAACAGAUUCCUGAAAAUGAUCCCAUAGACUUUAAUAAGCUUGAGCUCUCUACUACUGUACCGAAGGAAGGUGAUCAAAUUGCAUAUCGGUUGAUUGAAUUAUCAUCGGACUGGACCCCUGAAGUUUCUUCCUAUCGAAUUGGAAAAGUGUCGCAGUACAACCCUCAAUCAAAUAAGAUAGUGCUAGUACAGGUUCCAGAAUAUCCCAUUAUUUUUGAGGAGACAGACGAGGCAUCUGAAGUAGAACCAGAUACAUCCCUCUAUGGGGAAGAUGGUUCUUUAGAGAUAGAAUAUUCUUGUCUUAUUGAUGUCCGCAUUGUCAAGUAUGGGAACCUGAACACAACCAAAGCAGUCACUGGAGAUCAAAAUGCUGCAUCAGGUUUUAGGCUCAAGAGUGGCACAGAAACUACAGCUGCACCUGGUUUCAGGCUCAAGAAUGACAAAGAAACUCAGGCUGCUGCACCAGGCUUGAAGCUUAAAAAUGACAAGGGAACUCAGGCUGCUGCAACAGGUUUCAGUAUUAAGAAUGACAAGGAAACUCGUGCUGAUACACAAGGAAAUGGAAAAGCAAGUGCGUGGGAUGAAAUCAGCCAGGCAUUGAAUGCGAAGAAGGCAGAGCUUUCUCAGGAAGAUGGCUGGGGUAAAAAUGAUGGUUCAGGAAGGAGCGCAUGGACAUCUAGGCGGAGGGGUAGCGCAUUGGGUCCAACGAUGGCUCUUUUAAGAGCGCAAAAUGAGCUAUGA